CUGGGUAUUAGUACAUGUGAUUCAUCUGUAUCUACUUAGCAAUUCACUACAACUCUAUCUUAAACAGCCUAAUUCAUACCGACAAUUUUGUCAAAUUCUCUAUAUAGUAAAUUGACCGAGAAUGACAUAAAACUUCUUACCCAAAGGUCAAAAGUAAAUUUUAAUUAUUUUGAUUAAUAAUUAUGCUUCUCCCCGGAACCAUGAAUAUUUUCAUCAAAAGUAACUCUUAGAUAUUGACCAAGCAAUUUAAGCGCACGCGUAUAUAAAAAUGCGUAGAACAAGAAUCCAUUAUUUAAUGUUCAUUAUAAUUUAACUAACUUAAGUGGAUGGGAGGCGGACUUCUAAUAUGCAAUGCAACGCACACAGUGUAAAAAAAAAAAAAAAAGUACAACCCAUUUACCCCAGGUUUAAAAGAAUCAUUUUAAAACCAUUUGCUCUGAUACCAAAAUGUAACACCCCACCCGGAUCAACCCCACCGACCCGAGCGGUGUGUCACGAGGCAGAAAUCGAAACGGACUUAUUUAAAAAUUCCAUCAGCUUUUGUUUUUUCUGCUUUACAAGAGCAGUGAACAAGCGAGGAAGCUUUCAGGAGGGUUCGAGGCUUCUGAUUUUGGCAGGGGACGUGUUUAGCAAGGGGAAGAUAGGGUGCUGCAGAAUGUUGAAGACGAAGCCGAGCUGUUAUUCUUCGGCAGUUUGGGAACGAGUUUUGACGAAACAGAUUGCUAUUGGUGAAAGCAUGGAGGUUCUGGUGGUCGACAUCGUGCUGUCGGACUGGAAAAUCAAAUUUCAGGGGUUCAUUGGUGGCCUAUGUGUGAAAGAAGACGAAGGGAUGUUGAUCCGUCCACCUCCAGAACCGCCGCCUUGGAGGAAUUCUGUGAUUAGGGUUUGGACGAGUAUUUCUAUUUCUGCUGAGUCGAUUGUGUUUUGUUUUUAUUUUAUAUCGAUUGUGUUUUGUUGCUUAUUUAUUUUAUGCUGUAAGACUUUUGCACUUGGAUUGGGGGAUGAGAGGCAUGUGGUAAUCUUCGUGAUUUUGAAUAUGCCCAAGUUAGGAUUAGCGAGUUAUAUUGCUUUGUCAAAGGUGAUUAACUCAGAGUCUCGUCCACGGGCGGAUGGUUACAUGUGGUCCUUUUGUUAUUUCAACCCCUUUCUAA